CGGCGGAGGCUGCCCCUUCAGGGCUGCCUGCCCGCCCUAGCCACCUCCCAAGUGAAGAGAUUCUCAGCUUCCAGAAGGAAGCAGCACUUCAUCAACCAGGCCGUGCGAAACUCAGACCUGGUACCCAGGGCCAAGGGUCGGAAGAGCCUCCAGCGGCUGGAGAACACUCAGUACCUCCUGACCCUGCUGGAGACGGAUGGGGGACCACCUGGUCUGGAGGAUGGAGACCUGACACCCGCCGCGGCGCCAGGCAUCUUCGCAGAGGCCUGCAGCAACGCCACCUACAUGGAGGUUUGGAACGACUUCAUGAACCGCUCCGGGGAGGAGCAGGAGCGGGUGCUGCGCUACCUGGAGGACGAGGGUCAGAGCAAGGCCCGGAGGCGGGGGCCUGGACGCACGGAGGACCGCAGGAGAGAGGACCCGGCCUACACACCUCGUGAGUGCUUCCAGCGCAUCAGCCGGCGCCUGCGAUCCGUGCUCAAGAGGGGCCGCAUCCCCAUGGAGACUCUGGAGACCUGGGAGGAGCGGCUGUCGAGGUUCUUCUCCGUGUCUCCUCAGGCCGUGUACACAGCUAUGUUGGACAACAGCUUCGAGAGGCUACUGCUGCACGCCGUGUGCCAGUAUAUGGACCUCAUCUCAGCUAGUGCCGACCUGGAGGGCAGGCGGCAGAUGAAAGUGAGCAACCGCCACCUGGACUUCCUGCCCCCAGGGCUGCUCCUGUCCGCCUACCUAGAGCAGCACAGCUGAUGGUGGCCACACACAGCCCCCUCCGCCGCGCCCGGACCUCCGACGCCAUUUGCUGAGACCCGUCUCCUGUUUUAGGACUUCACUCUUGGAAGCCGCCUUCCCCUGAGGCUGGCUGUUUCUCUCUCACCCUCAUCCCCUCCCCACCCAGCUCUUGGAGAUCAGUGCUGGGGACAGUGGCUGUCCUGACUGUCCUUGUGCCCUGCCCCCCCGGAACUCGUGGGGCGAUCUCACUGAGCAUGUCCAUCUUUCUGCUUUGUUUUUCUCUUUUGGAGGGGGGGAAUCAGUCUGAGGCUCAGGCGGACAGGGAGAGGCUGAGUUUUUAUCACUUUUAAUGAAUUGGGCAUGAUUUGUUGUAGAUUUUUAAAUUUUUCUUUUGGAGGGAAAAACCAAAAAAGGCCCCACGUGUUUCGCUGUGAGGCUUUGUCGUGGUCCUUGCUUGUCCCUUCCCACUUUUUAGCUGUCAUUGUGUGUUUGGGGGGCCCCAGGGCAUUUCAUUCUGUGUAUGUGUGUCUGUGACCCCAUACGUGUGCAUGUGCGGGCCCCGCGACUGGGGACACGGCUUUGUUCCAAGGGCUGGUUUGAUGCUUUUAACUGUGUCGCCACCGCCCCUCCCGCCUGCUCCUCGUCCCCCCUUAUUCCGCGGAUCCAGGACUUCAGCCAGAAGCCUCUGUCCUCGCCUCCCCGCCACCUCCUCCUCCGUCCCCUGCCCAGCCUGGCUCUGGCCUCACGGUCAGGGCCCCAGUGCUGGCCGCCCUCAGGGGGCUCCGCUGUGGAGCAGCCCAGCCCCUUGUCCUGUGUGUGGCCCAUUGCGCGUGUGUUGGGGGGUGUUUAAUAAAUUCCUGGUGCUCUGGC